GCACUGCGGUUACUAAAUCUCCAAGCUGGGCUCCAUUCUUCGUCUUAUCGGUGAGAGUCUCGAUACUUAUCAUCUGCUCCCCCAUGUUUUUAUUUUUCUGGCAUUUCUCAUUGUCGCCUUCUUCUUCUUCUUUUUAAAAGAAGUUUUUUCUCUCUGAAAUCUAUUUCCCCACCGUCGGUAUCAAUUGAAUUCCCAAAUAACUAUUCUACAUUCGAAAUGUUGCGGUGGUAUCAGACCAAGUUGGCUAAGCAGCCCAUCCUCACAGCCAGCGUAACAAGUGCUGUGCUAUUUGGUUGCGGAGAUAUUCUGGCGCAGCAAGCUGUUGAUCGUAAGGGCUUCGAUAAGCACGACAUGGCAAGAACUGGACGAAUGGCGCUGUAUGGAGGGGCGAUCUUUGGACCGGCCGCGACCACAUGGUUCGCCUUCCUCCAACGAAACGUUGUUCUGAAGAGCCACAAAGCUACGAUAGUUGCGCGCGUUAUCGCAGACCAAGGCCUCUUUACUCCUACCCACCUAACCUGUUUCCUGACAUCAAUGGCAAUCAUGGAAGGCACGGACCCCAUCGAGAAAUGGCGUACCAGCUUUCUUCCCAGUUACAAGGCGAACCUCACUAUCUGGCCUCUAGUUCAGGGCGUCAACUUCUCAAUUGUGCCUCUAGAGUAUCGGGUCUUGGUAGUCAACGUGGUCAGCUUGGGCUGGAACUGCAUAUUGAGUUUGAUCAACAGCGGCGAGAAAUAAUGUCCUUACGAUUUGGAGCAUUUCACGUCAGGAUACCCCUUUCUGUACAACUAACAUUUAUCUUUUGGUCGGUUUCUUUUUUUCUUGCUGGUUUGAUAGAGGGUUCAUUUCACUCAUUGUGUGGGCGCAGUGUUUUAGACUUUCCUCGGUACAAGCGCAGCAAUAUCUACUUAUGAUUCUUACAAUGCUUAGAUUAUGAGGCUG